CCAGGGUGCAACGAAUUGUAACCAAUUUCACGCGCAUAUUGUAAUUUAUUUCAAAAACAACGCGAAGUUAGUUGCAAUUUAAAGAUAAGGUUGUAAGCAAGAUGAACUUUCGGCAAAAUUGUAUUUAGCAAGUUAAUACUUAAAGAUUGUGAUAGUUAUGCACCAGUGAUAUUCGCGUUGCACAAGAGGAACGCAUAUUCCAGGCCCGAUGACUCUGAAGUAUAGGAAAAAGUUGAAAUACUUGCUAACACCGCUACUAAUAGUCUCGCUAGUGUUCAUUGUUUACCAGCUGAUAAUAUUCACGCAGCUCUCUUCUCUAAACAAUGUGAAGAGCAAGGAGGAGCACGUCUUGGGCAUACACGAGUAUCAGGCGCCUUUAUACAAGCCUGUGGAUAACAACUUUCGAUGUCUGGUCAGUCAGGAGUAUGUGGACUACAGAAGGGUGAAUGAUGAUUACUGUGACUGCAUCGAUGGCAGCGACGAACCCGGCACAAAUGCUUGUCCCACCGGCAGCUUCUUCUGCACAUCUCAAACCAGGCAUCCCCUGUUCAAACCCUUGAUUCCAUCGAACCGGGUCAAUGAUGGCAUCUGUGAUUGCUGCGAUGGAUCCGAUGAAUAUCUACACAAAAAGUUACAGUUCCAACUACCCUAUGACACUCAGAAGGCUCUGAGGAAGUUCAUGUCUCCCUGUCAAAAUCAUUGCCCUUAAACAAAGAGGAGGCUGUCCAAUCUCAUUAUUUAUUAUUUAUUUGUAAUGAAUAAAGUGCCUUUUAUUUUAAUCAGUAUUAGAGAGCUCUGCAGGACUUCUAGCUAGUAAUUGCAUAUGAACUAUUUGGUAAAUAGUUCAAAUGCGUUUUAUGGCUCUCCUGCAAAGCGAACUUUACGUUUGUAAAAUAUAUUUGUAGAAUAAAGUAGGACUAGUGUUUGA